UCAGAGCAAAAAGAUGGCAGUUAUCUCUAGCAAAAAAGAUGAUUUUGAGGCCACAAUUCAGAAAAGUUAUGACAAAAUGAGUGAAUUAAAAGCCUUUGAUGAUACUAAGGCUGGUGUCAAAGGUCUUUAUGAUUCUGGAAUCACUAAAGUACCUCAAAUAUUCAUUCUACCACCAAAAUACAGGGCGAAAACAUGUAAAACACAGUUCACAUUUCCAGUUAUAGACCUCCAAGGCAUCGAUGAGGAUCCGAUCAAGCAUAAGGAGAUUGUGGACAAAGUUCGAGAUGCAUCAAAGACAUGGGGUUUCUUCCAAGUGGUUAAUCAUGGAAUUCCAAUAUCUGUCCUGGACAAAACGUUGCAAGGAGCACGACAGUUUUUCGAGCAAGAUGACGAGGUUAAGAAACAGUAUUACACUCGAGAUACUGGGAAAAAGGUUAUUUAUACUAGCAAUCUUGAUUUGUAUAGCCCUUCUGUUCCAGCUGCAAGUUGGAGAGACUCUAUGUUCUGUUUCAUGCAUCCUAAUCCUCCUAGUCCACAAGAAUUUCCAACAGCAUGCGGGGAAAUACUAAUGGACUACUCCAAGGAUGUGAUGAAAUUGGGGUUUUUCUUGCUUGAAUUAUUGUCUGAAGGUCUCGGUCUCCAUCGUAGUUAUCUCAAAGAUUAUAUGGAUUGUUGUUAUGUUAGUUGCUUAUGCCAUUACUAUCCAUCAUGCCCUCAGCCAGAACUCACCAUGGGCAUCCGUCAACAUUCCGACAAUAACUUUAUCACAGUGCUUCUACAAGAUGAUAUCGGAGGACUCCAAGUUCUUCAUCAGAAUCAAUGGGCUGAUGUUCUUCCUAUACCUGGUGCUCUUGUCGUUAACAUUGGAGAUUUUCUGCAGCUCAUGUCAAAUGACAAGUACAUAAGUCUUGAGCACAGAGCAAUUGCAAACAAAGAUAGAUCAAGAAUAUCAGUUGCAUGCUUCUUUGGUGAAAAUACAUUUCAAUCUUCCAAGCUUUAUGGACCAAUUUCUGAAUUGUUAUCAGGAGAUAAUCCUCCAAAAUAUCGCACAACCACUGUGAAAGACCACACUCUUUACGUCCAUAAUAGAGGCCUGGAUGGAAAUUCUGCGUUAUCGCAUUACAAGAUCUAAUCAUAAUAAUAAUGUAACAA